AUGAAACGUGAUGUACAUUUGCCAAAUUUUGAAGACCAAAAUAAAUUAGCUUUUUUGAUAUUCAAUAUUUUUACACCAGAUGAAUGUCAACAAUGGAUUGAAUUGAGUGAACAACGUGGUUAUAGUCCAGCAACCGUAAAUGUUGGUGGUGAAAUGUUACAAUUAAUGACUGAUUUUCGAAAUAGUGAUCGUUGUAUGAUUGAUGAUGUGGCGAUGGCUCGAACUCUUUUUCAACGAAUCGAAUCAUUUUUACCACAAACAUGGAAAAAUUACCAAUUAGUAGGUCUCAAUGAACGUCUACGAUUUCUUCGCUACGAUCGUGGACAAUAUUUUGAGCCACAUAUGGAUGGUGAAUUUCAUCGCAAUGAUGGAUCGAAUGAACAAAGUUUUAUUACCAUUCAACUCUACUUGAACGAAGGCUACAAAGGUGGCGAAACUACUUUUGUUCAUUAUUCGGAUUCUACUAAAAAUGUUCCAUGUGUUCCACGGACGGGAAUGGUACUUGUAUUUGAACAUCGUCUCCUUCAUGAAGGAUCAAGAUUGAUCGAAGGCCGGAAAUAU